AUGACCUGGUCUCUUCCGUUGGACGAUUUUGACAACAUUGCGACACAAGGAAAAAAGUUUCCUUUGCAUUCACUCAUUAAAGAAAUACUUGAGAACGCAGACUCGCCGAUAUUGCCACCAACUGACAAGAAACUUCAACAACCCACACUUAAGUUUGGGGGAAAAGGAGAAAAUCGCCCUGAUGUUACUCUCAUUAACUUCUACAAUUACGGGCAUGGAACAUUUUACAUUCCAAAUUCUCCUCCUCCCCCUCCUCCUGCUCACCCCCUCCAUCCCCCCCCCUUACUCCUCCAUUUUCUUCUUCUUCUUCUUCUUCUUCUUCUUCUUCUUCUUCUUCUUCUUCUUCUUCGUCGUCGUCUUCUUCUUCUUACCCUUCUUCUUUUUUCUUCUUCUUCGUUUUCUUCUUCCUAUUCUUCUUCUUCUUCUUCUUCUCGCUCUUCUCCUCCUCCUCCUUCUUCUUCUUCUUCUUCUAUUGCCUCUCUUCCUACUUCUUUUUCUUUUUUUUUUAGCUUUAAUCUUAUCUUCUUUUAUAUUCCUUUCUUGUUCAUCAAAUUUUUAAAAUUAAUUUUUGUCUGCGUCUCCCAAUUCUUUCUUCUUUUUCCUCCAUCUGUUUGCUUUUCGCUUUCUUCCUCUCUCUUCUUUUAUGAUCACUCUCUAGUUUCUCUUUAUCGCUUUCGUUUUUUAGCCUUUCCCUUUUCAUCGUUUUUCUUUCUCUUUUUUCUUUCAAUCCAUUCACCUCUUUCUUCCUACAAUCUUCUCUGA